UCCAAGGACUCUUCUGGUUAUGGCUACUGAUCCGACGUGAUCGGGCGCGCACUGACUCUCGAACUCAUGACUGGAUAUACGAUGUUGCGGAAUGGGGGAGUGGGGAACGGAGGCCAGCCGUGGGUGUUGAGGUGGUCCAGUCGCAUCCGGCUCACUUGGCUCAGCUUCACCCUCUUCAUCAUCCUCGUCUUCUUUCCCCUCAUCGCCCACUACUACCUGACCACCCUCGACGACGCGGACGACGCCGGCAAGCGCAUCUUCGGCCCCCGCACGGGCAACGAGCUGUGCGAGGUGAAGCACGUGCAGGACCUGUGCCGCAUCCGCGAGUCGGUGAGCGAGGAGCUGCUGCAGCUCGAGGCCAAGCGCCAGGAGCUCAACAGCGAGAUCGCCAAGCUCAACUUGAAGAUCGAGGCCUGCAAGAAGAGCAUCGAAAAUGCCAAGCAGGACCUGCUGCAGCUGAAGAACGUCAUCAGCCAGACGGAGCAUUCCUACAAAGAACUCAUGGCCCAGAACCAGCCAAAGCUCUCCCUGCCCAUCCGGCUCCUGCCGGACAAGGAUGAGGCGACUUUUCCCUUGCCAAAAUCCCCCCGGAGCUGCAGGCUGCACAACUGCUUCGACUACUCGCGCUGCCCGUUGACGUCCGGCUUCCCGGUCUACGUCUACAACAGCGACGAUUACCCUCUUGGUAGUUCCUUGGACCCUUUAAUUAAACAAGCCUUUGAGGCGACUGUCAGAACUAACGUUUAUGUUACUGAAAAUGCAAAUAUUGCUUGUGUGUAUAUAAUUUUAGUGGGGGAAAUGCAAGAGCCCGUGAUGCCAAAACCUACUGAACUCGAGCAACAGUUGCACUCUCUGCCGUACUGGAGGACUGAUGGACACAACCAUCUCAUCAUCAAUUUAUCCCGGAAAUCGGAAACUCAGAAUUUUCUGUACAACAUCAGCACGGGCCGUGCCAUGAUUGCUCAGUCCACCUUUUACGACGUGCAGUAUCGGCCAGGCUUUGAUAUAGUGGUGUCCCCUCUGGUCCACGCUAUGUCGGAGCCCAACUUCCUAGAGAUCCCGCCCCAGGUGCCGGUGAAGCGUAAGUAUCUGUUCAGCUUCCAGGGGGAGAAGAUCGAGUCCCUCCGGUCCAGCUUGCAAGAGGUUCGCUCCUUCGAGGAGGAAAUCGAAGGCAAUGCCCCCGCUGACUACGACGACCGCAUCAUCACCACCCUGAAGGCUGUUCAGGACAGCAAGCUGGACUUCGUGUUGGUGGAGUUCACGUGCAAGAACCAGCCGAAGGCAAGUCUGCCCACUGAGUGGGCGCUGUGUGGAGAAAGGGACGACAGGCUCGAGCUACUGAAGCUUUCUACUUUUGCACUGAUAAUCACCCCCGGGGACACGCGGCUGGUGAUCUCGGCCGGCUGCGCCAUGAGGCUCUUCGAGGCUCUGGAGGUGGGAGCCAUCCCGGUGGUUCUUGGCGAGCAAGUGCAGCUCCCCUACAAUGAUGUGAUCCGGUGGAACGAGGCAGCCUUAAUCAUACCAAAGCCCCGUAUCACAGAAGUGCACUUUCUUCUGAGAAGCAUUUCUGACAACGAUCUCCUUGCCAUGAGGAGGCAAGGCCGCUUCUUGUGGGAGACCUACUUCUCCACCUCCGACAACGUGUUCAGCACGGUCUUAGCGAUCAUAAGGACUCGAAUCCAAAUCCCGGCCGCUCCUAUCCGGGAAGAAGCGGCCGUGGAGAUCCCGCACCGCUCCGGCAAAGCUGCUGGGACAGACCCCAACAUGGCAGACAACGGUGACCUGGACCUGGGGCCUGUGGAGACAGAACCGCCCUACGCGUCUCCCAAGUAUCUCCGCAACUUCACCCUCACGGCAAUGGACAUCUACAGGAAUUGGAAUUCGGCUCCUGGGCCUUUCCACCUCUUCCCCUAUACUCCCUUCGAUCCCGUUUUACCAUCGGAAGCGAAAUUUUUGGGGUCUGGGACUGGCUUUCGACCGAUUGGCGGAGGAGCAGGUGGUUCCGGGAAGGAGUUCCAGGCUGCUUUGGGUGGCAAUGUCCCCCGGGAACAGUUCACGGUGGUGAUGUUGACUUACGAGCGGGAGGAAGUGCUCAUGAACUCCCUGGAGAGGCUCAACGGCCUCCCCUACUUAAAUAAAGUGGUGGUAGUGUGGAACUCUCCCAAGCUGCCCUCCGAGGAUCUCCUGUGGCCGGACAUUGGCGUCCCCAUCAUGGUUGUCCGCACGGAGAAGAACAGCCUGAACAACCGGUUCCUGCCGUGGGACGAGAUCGAGACGGAGGCCAUCCUGUCCAUCGACGACGACGCGCACCUGCGCCACGACGAGAUCAUGUUCGGCUUCCGGUGAGUGCCGGGGAGGCCGCGCGGGACCUUUCCAUGGAGAAACCCCCGCUUUUCCAACCCUUUCUCCUUGCGCGGCGGCGUCGGGACGCUGGGAGGAGCGAGCGAGGAGCUCUACUACGCCUACCUGUACUCGUACGUGAUGCCCCAGGCCAUCCGCGACAUGGUGGACGAGUACAUCAACUGCGAGGACAUCGCCAUGAACUUCCUCGUGUCCCACCUCACCAGGAAGCCGCCCAUCAAGGUGACCUCCCGCUGGACGUUCCGCUGCCCCGGCUGCCCGCAGGCGCUGUCGCACGACGACUCGCACUUCCACGAGCGCCACAAGUGCAUCAACUUCUUCGUCAAGGUGUACGGCUACAUGCCGCUGCUCUACACCCAGUUCCGCGUCGACUCGGUGCUCUUCAAGACCCGCCUGCCCCACGACAAGACCAAGUGCUUCAAGUUCAUCUAGGCGGCUCCG